UAUGCCUUUUAGGAUUCCUAGACUGGGAUAUACACCUCAGCCGGCCUCAAGGCAAACUCAGCUAUGCUCAAGAGAGGGUAAUGUUUCAAACAGAGAUAAUAAUGUGAUAGUUCGGAAAGACAGAAGUCUGCCAGGUUCCAGCAAGUCUGAGACCUCAGACAGACACUCAGUACAACAUGGACAGGUUGGCGCUCCUAAGGCGAUCAACACAACCAGAACAUUUAGGGUGAAAUAUUUCGACAAUGUGACUGGCAAGGUGUUCGAGUACGAAAUAAAUCCGGAUUACCAACGAGAUGCUAAUGGGUGGCAGACGAAGAGAGAACUCAGCCAAUACAAUCAAUAAAUAAACAUUUCUCAAUAAA